UGUCAACCACCACCUCACAGCCCGCCACUACCUUGGACGUUGUUCCAUGCAUCUAUAAAACCAGUUCUUCAUCAGCUUUUUCUCUCAAACUCAUCCAUCCUCACAGCAAGCUUCAGAAUUUUCGCUUCAUUUAAGAGUUAAGAAAAAUGUCAUCCUUUCGGAUUUCAUUGUUGAGCCUUUGUUUGGUUGCUACUAUUUUUGGAGCUUCAAAUGCUCAGUUGAGUUCUUCAUUCUAUGCUACCACUUGCCCUAAUGCUUCAUCCAUUGUACGUGGCGUCAUUGAGCAGGCUGCUCAAAGUGACGUCAGAAUCGGAGCCAAACUCAUCCGCCUUCACUUCCAUGAUUGCUUUGUUGAUGGCUGUGACGGAUCGAUAUUGUUGGACGAUGCCAAUGGAAUCUUAUCAGAAAAGGACGCGAUUCCCAACAGAAAUUCAGCAGAUGGAUAUCCUGUGGUUGACGAUAUUAAAACAGCUUUGGAGAAUGUCUGUCCCGGAGUCGUCUCUUGUGCUGAUAUUCUAGCCAUUGCUGCAGAAGCAUCGGUUUCCUUGGGUGGAGGUCCAACAUGGACAGUUGAAUUGGGAAGAAGAGACAGUACAACAGCAAAUCAGGCCGCAGCUCAGCUUCUUCCAGGCCCUAGAGAUGGCCUCGCCAAUAUCACUUCCAAGUUUUCUGCUGUGGGACUCGAUACCACUGACGUUGUUGCUCUAUCGGGUGCACAUACGUUUGGGAGGGCAAGGUGUGUGCUAUUCCGUGAUCGUUUAUUUAACUUUGAGAAUAGUAACAGUUCAGAUCCGUCUCUGGACUCUACUUAUCUGGAAACACUUCGUCAGGCAUGUCCUCAAAACGAUGGUACCUUAAACAACCUAGAUCCCACGACUCCCGAUAGCUUUGACAACAACUAUUUCACGAACCUUCAAAGUGGACGAGGUCUUCUCCAAUCCGAUCAAGAAUUGUUCUCCACCGCCGGAUCCGACACCGUCGCCAUCGUCAAUAGGUUUGCCGCUAGUCAAAGCGAGUUCUUUACUAGCUUUGCUCAGUCCAUGAUCAAUAUGGGCAAGAUUAGUCCCUUGACAGGAAGCAAUGGGCAGAUCAGGACUAACUGCAGGAGGGUUAGUUAA